AUGGGCCACGUUUGCACCAAAACCGUGAAGAAGGCGGCCCGGGUCAUCAGUGAGAAAUAAUACAAGUUCCUGGGCAACGAAUUCUGCACCAACAAGGGUGUGUGCAAGGAGAUGGCCAUUAUUCCCAGCAAGAAGCUUCGCAAGGAGAAAGCAGGCUAUGUCACACAUCUGAUGAAGCAGUUUCAGAGAGGCCCAGUGAGAAGUGUCUCCAUUAAGCUGCAGGAAGAGAGAGAGAGGAGAGAGAAUUAUGUGCCUGAGGUCUCAGCCCUGGAUCAGGAGAUCAUUGAAGUAGAUCCUGACACUAAGGAAAUGCUGAAGCUCUUGAACUUUGGCAAUCUGUCCAACCUGCAGGUCACUCAGCCCACAGUUGGGAUGAAUUUCAAAACACCAUGGAGCCAGUUGACUCUGCUGUGCUGUAAUAUUUUCACCCUAAACCUUGGGACCAAAAAUAAGAAAAAAAAGAAAGAAACAAAGACUCAGACUUUUUUUUGCAGAUGGACCCAGAGGUGCCAGUCCCCAGCGGCGGCUGCGAGAAGGGCAGCCGCUCGGUCUCCGGCAGCCGCCGCUCGGGCAGAGCCAGAGAAAGACCGAGGCUCGGGGCGCGGGGGGGAGGGAGGGAGGGAGGGUAGUGCAGCGGCGGAGCGGCCCGGGCCGGCCGAGCAGCCAUGGGCGCCCUGGUGCCGGGCCCCCCAAGAGUCAAGGCCCCCGGCCGGGGUUGGGGGUGCCGAGGCUACCAGCCCCGCUGACACCGCCUCGGACGAUGUGAGCCGGCGCCUCCGCUGCUGCUUCGCGGUCAGGGCUCACAGUCCCACCGGCCCCGGCCGCCGCUUUUCUAAUUUGGGUGGGGGCGACCGUUCCAGGCCGCUCGGUCUUUGGUACAGGGGCUGGCUGUCUUUGGCAGCUUGA